GCCCCUUCCUGCCCUGGCCUCUGUCAGGGGAGCAGCCCCCAGCCCCGAGCCCCCCCGCGAUGGCCGAGCCCGCGGGACCCUUCCACGCCCUGUGGCACGGGGGGCACCAGUAUCUGUGCUACUGCGCCGCGCCGCAGAGCAGCGGCUUCAAUGUCUAUGUAACCAAUGCAUCUGAGGUGUGGAGUACUGAUUUCGCCCAGGAGAAGCUGGCGGGCCUCAAGUCCUGGAGUGGGAUGUGUCCUUCUGAAGAUUACAGCAAAAAGUUCAGAGAAGCUUUUGAGCACAGAGCAGCUGCCUUGACAGUGCAUGACAGCAAAGCCAGCCUGCAGCUGAAGGAAGGUACCCGGAGCUUGACUUUUGACCUAUUCAAGCUACCCUGCUCUGAAGCUAGGAAACAGUUGCAGGCACUGAUGUUUGGCUUAGUGGGGUGUGUCAGCAGCCUGGAGAAACGUCUUGAAGCUGCAGAGGAUGCUGCCGCUGCUGCUGCUUCAUGCAGUCCAGAGAAGAACCGGCUGCAGAGCCAAAGGCUGUUGAUUCCAGACCUGAGUCCCAGGAAGAACAGGGGAGGCGGCUCAGCCGUGACAGCCAAGAGACGAGUCCCAGGAGAGUCGCUAAUUAACCCGGGAUUCAAAAGUUCUCUUCCAGUAAGAAGGCACCGACCGGGGUGGAUUUUGAAGACUCCUGACCCAGCCUGGACCCGUCUGAUGUGUGUCCCCUUAAUAAAGCUUUUUAAUGAGUUGUUCAGACUAGUUUACCGCCCUACCUAUGAACGUCCAGCCUCCUGCCAAGCACCGUGUGUGAAUGCUGAGAGCCUUGCCCGGCCCUGUGCUCAACCGCAUCGUGGGGAGUGGACGUGGCACUUGCAAUCUGAGGGCCAGGAACCCUCCUCUACAACCACGAGCCAUGCAGCCGGGGUGGGGAGCAGAGCCAGGCCCUGAGCUCUGGGCAGAGUCGCUGCCCUACUCGAAGCGCACACCAGGGGGUCGAGCACACGCUUCCCAGCUGCUCCCUUCAGAACCCCACUGCUGGCAGGCCGUCGCUCCAUGCAAGGGGCUUAUCAUGAAUUACUUUUUUAAUGACUUUUCCACCAAUGUUUUAACUCCGCGCUCUUGUCUGUAACUUAUUCGAAAUAAACCCAUGACUCCA